UGAUUUGAAAAUAUUGGCGCGGCUUAAGACGCCCAAUACCGUUUAGCCAAGGCGAGGCGGGAACGAGUAAAGAAGAAAAAUAACGCUAAGGAGCGUCAGGUUUGGGGCGUCUUGUAGUUUGAAAAUGUUGGCGCGAAAGAAGCCGCCCAAUAGCGUUUAGCUGCCGCGUGGACGGCCGUCCAAUGGGAGGCGGGCACAUCCAAGCCGCCCAGUGGGCGGAGAGCAGCUCCAAUGCAGAAAAGCGCCGCGCUGUGCGCGCGACCUUAUUCUGUCUUUUACAGAGAAGAGCACAGUUUACUGCCAUGGCGAGAACCAAGCAGACCGCCCGUAAGUCCACCGGUGGCAAAGCCCCGAGGAAGCAGCUGGCUACCAAGGCUGCCCGCAAGAGCGCUCCGGCCACUGGCGGCGUCAAGAAGCCUCACCGUUACAGGCCCGGUACCGUGGCUCUCCGCGAGAUCCGCCGCUACCAGAAGUCCACAGAGCUGCUGAUCCGCAAGCUGCCCUUCCAGCGCCUGGUGAGGGAGAUCGCUCAGGACUUCAAGACCGAUCUCCGCUUCCAGAGCUCUGCCGUCAUGGCCCUGCAGGAGGCCAGCGAGGCUUACUUGGUGGGUCUGUUCGAGGACACCAACCUGUGCGCCAUCCACGCCAAGAGAGUCACCAUCAUGCCUAAGGACAUCCAGUUGGCCCGCCGUAUCCGCGGAGAGCGCGCUUAGAUUCAGCGGAGCGACCACAACUUCCUCAAACACCCAAAAGGCUCUUUUAAGAGCCGCC